GGGGGGGUGUUCCUGUCUCUGGGUCUUCUGUGGAUACUACUGUCUCCUUGUUAGUUGGGCUCUGUCUUCUCAUCUGUCUUUCUAUCUAACUCUCUCUCCAUCUCCCGGACUUCACCAUGACCUACAGACACUCAGGGCCGAAGAGCUAUCUCACCUCCACAAUGACCGAACGCUUCGACUGCUACUAUUGCCGUGACAACCUGCAAGGCAAGAAAUACGUGAAGAAGGAUGAGAAACACGUGUGCACCAAGUGCUUUGACAAACUGUGUGCCAACACCUGCGCCGAGUGUCGCCGUCCCAUUGGUGUCGAUGCCAAGGAACUGCACCAUAAGAACCGCUACUGGCACGAGGACUGCUUCCGCUGUGCCAAGUGCUACAAGCCGCUAGCCAGCGAGUCCUUCAGCGCCAGGGACGAUGGCAAGAUCAUGUGUGGCAAGUGCGGCUCUCGCGAGGAUGGCAACCGGUGCCAGGGCUGCUACAAGGUGGUCAUGCCAGGAUCAAAGAAUGUGGAGUAUAAGAACAAGGUGUGGCAUGAGGAGUGUUUCACCUGCUAUGACUGCAAGAAGCCCAUCGGCACUGAGAGCUUCCUGACUAAGGGCGAUGACAUCUACUGCGCCCCCUGCCACGACAAGAAGUUUGCCAAGAAAUGCUUCCAUUGCAAGCAGGCCAUCACCUCAGGGGGUCUGAGCUACCAGGACCAGCCCUGGCACUCUGAGUGCUUUGUGUGUCGUACCUGCCGUAAGCCCCUGGCCGGGGCACGCUUCACCUCCCACGAGGAGCAUGUUUACUGUGUGGACUGCUACAAGACCUCUGUGGCCAAGAAGUGCAAUGCCUGCAAGAACCCCAUCACAGGGUUUGGCCACGGGACCAACGUGGUGAACUAUGAGGGUCACUCCUGGCAUGAGUACUGCUUCAACUGCAAGAAGUGCUCCCUCUCCCUGGCCAACAAGCGCUUCGUCAUCAACGAGGAGGACAUCUACUGCCCCGACUGUGCCAAGAAGGUGUGAGCCGCCCAGUGAGGGGCAGGUGCUCCGGUGAUCUGUUUAGUGAUAGGACAAAA